AUGUUAAACACUUUUAUCUCCCCCUUUCUUUUUUUCUUUCUUUCUUUCUUUUUUUCUUUCUUUUUCCUGUUUCUUUCUUUUUCUCUUUCUUUCUUUCUUUUUCUCUUUCUUUCUUUUUCUCUUUCUUUCUUUUUCUCUUUCUUUUCUUUUUUUCUCUUUCUUUUUUUUCUUUUUUUUUUUUUCUUUCUUUUUUUUUCUUUCUUUUUUUUCUCUUUUUUUCUCUUUCUUUUUUUCUCUUUUUUUUUCUCUUUCUUUUUUUCUUUCUUUUUCUCUUUCUUUUUUUUUCUUUUUUUCUUUUCUCUUUCUUUCUUUUUCUCUUUCUUUCUUUUUUCUUUUUUCUUUUUCUCUUUCUUUCUUUUCUCUUUCUUUUCUUUUUCUCUUUCUUUCUUUUUCUCUUUCUUUCUUUUCUCUUUCUUUCUUUUCUCUUUCUUUCUUUUUCUCUUUCUUUCUUUUCUCUUUCUUUCUUUUCUCUCUUUUCUUUUUCUCUUUCUUUUUUUUUUUCUUUCUUUUUCUUUCUUUUCUUUUCUCUUUCUUUUUUUCUCUUUCUUUCUUUUCUCUCUUUCUUUCUUUUUCUCUUUCUUUCUUUUUUCUUUCUUUCUUUUUCUCUUUCUUUCUUUUUCUCUUUCUUUCUUUUUCUCUUUCUUUCUUUCUUCCGAACCAAAUCCUCUUUAUCAUGGAUUGUAUGCGUAUUUGUCCGUACGAGUGAGAAAAGUUGUCUGCUUAUCUCUCUCUCUCUCUCUCUUUGCCCGCCUGACUCUUUCUCUCUCUCAGUAUCUCUGCUCCACCUCUCUCUGUAUCUCUGCCUAUCUCUCUCUGUAUCUCUCCCUACCUCUCUCUCUUUCUCCCUCUUUUUUUGUAUCUGUGCCUGCCUCUCUCUCCCUCUCUAUGCCUGCCUCUCUCUCCCUCUUUAUGUAUCUGUGCCUGUCACUCUCUCUCUCUCUCUCUCUGCCUGCCAACUUACGUCUCUGUUUCUCUCUGUGUCAGCCCUCUCUCUCUCACUCUUUGCCUGCAUGUCUUUCUCUUUUUACUGACCUGCUUCUCUCUGCUUAUCUGUCUGCCUCUCACCAUCUGUGCCUGCCUCUUGCCCUCAAUCUGAUUUUCUUACUCUCUCUUUUCUUGUGCCUGUCCCCCCUCUCCACCCUCUCUCGUCUCUCCUCUCUCUCUCUCCCUCUCUCUCUCUGUCUCCCUCUCUCUCUCCCCUCUCUCUCUCCUCUCUCUCUCUCCCUCUCUCUCUCCCCCUCUCUCUCUCCCCUCUCUCUCUCUCCCCCUCCUCUCUCCCCCUCUCUCUCUCUCCCCCCUCUCUCUCCCCCCUCUCUCUCUCCCCCUCUCUCUCUCCCCUCUCUCUCUCUCCCCUCUCUCUCUCUCCCCUCUCUCUCUCCCCCUCUCUCUGAAUUGCGUCAAGGCUCUUUUCUCUAA